UGGCGCUGCCAUUGUGUUCUACUCGUCUAGGAAUCCGUCAAUGAAUCAGCAAUCAACUCUUCCUCCAGCGAUAACUUCACCAUCAUUGGAUAUAAUGCGCCAAUAUCAGACUCUCAAUCCUACGACCGGCCAGGUGGUCCAGGUAUUCCCACAAAUAUCUAACGAACACGUCCAGAGAGUUCUGAACAAGGCCCAUAGCCUCUAUGAAACCGACUGGCGCUUCUGUUCGGUAGCAGAGAGAGCAACUGUAAUUGCAAGGGCCGCCGCUAUUAUGCGACAGAAAAUCGACGAGUUGGCUAGUUAUGUUACACUUGAGAUGGGCAAACUCAUCGAUCAGUCGCGAUUUGAGGUUAAGCUCUCGGCUGACAUCCUUGAAUAUUACGCCACGCACGCCGAAAGACUCUUGAAAACUCGACCUAUCCCUGGAGCUCACGAUGCGGUCAUUAGUACGGAACCUAUUGGCAUUAUUCUAGCCAUCGAACCUUGGAACUUCCCAUACUAUCAACUAGCCCGUGUAGCAGGGCCCCAGCUUGUGGCUGGCAAUGUUCUCAUUGUCAAACACGCCCGGAACGUGCCACAGUGCGCAUUGGCCUUCGCACGAGUUCUCGAUGAAGCCGGCGCACCAGAAGGUGUCUACAACAAUGUCUUCUGCAGUUUUGAUCAAAUAAACACCAUUAUCGACGACUUCCGCGUCCGUGGUGUCACCUUGACAGGAAGUGAACGUGCGGGUGCAACAGUAGCCGAGCGGGCCGGUCGUCAAUUGAAAAAGGUCGUUCUGGAACUUGGUGGUAGCGACCCUUUCAUUGUGCUGGAAGAUGCAAACAUCGAGGAAGCAGUGGCUCGCGGUGUCGAAGGCCGCAUGAUGGUUAUGGGCCAGUGUUGUGUCGCCUCUAAACGCUUUAUCGUGGUAGGUAAAGAGCGCGGUCGUCGCUUCCUUGAUUGCUUGACGCAGGCGUUAACCGGCCUUGAGGUCGGCGAUCCCGCUGAUAGCUCCACAGCUAUAGGCCCGUUGGUAUCAGAACAAGGCCUCAACAACCUGCUCGGACAAAUUGAGUCGGCCAAAACCUACGGUGCUCGCGUAGUCACCGGAGGAAGACGCAUUGACCGCCCUGGCUUCUAUGUAGAGCCUACAAUCAUCACGGAUAUUACUGAGGGCAACCCUCUGUUCCAGGAGGAGACGUUCGGGCCCGUCGUAUCUUUCUACGUCGUUGACAACGAAGAACAGGCAAUCAAGCUUGCUAAUGCUACGAAGUUCGGACUCGGCGCGUCUGUGUUCAGCGGGGAUAUCGCGCAUGGCCAAGCCGUGGCGAAGAAGAUCGAUAGUGGCAUGGUAUCCAUCAAUGCCACAGGGCAAUUUGCACCAGAACUGCCUUUUGGAGGCAUCAAAAACUCCGGCUUUGGCCGGGAGCUGGGCGACCUGGGUAUUGGCGAAUUUGUCAAUCGUAAAGUCAUCCUGACGGCUUGAAUCGUGCGAUCAACUAUCUAUUGGGAGCUCAUACAUACCUACAAGACUAGAAAUGGGUUUAUCCGUCCUUGUUUGUAGAAUCUACAAACCCGAGAAUAAGGAACUUUGCGGAGCAAGUCCGUGAUCAGCUGGAGAGGUGAUCAGAAUUCGCUAAGCGCUC